UUGAUUUUUUUUGUUUUUUAAAUUUUCUUUUCAUCUUCUCUCUAGAAACAUCUCUCCGAAAUGCGUUAUCUUCUCCAAAAGCUCAGAUUCUGAUUCUGAAUCAAUCUCUCUCACAAACCCUAGAAAAUUCCCCUACCCCUUCUAAAAUUCUCAUAGAUCCAUGGCCGUUAUUAUCCACCGCUCAGAUCCACCGUCACGGAUCCAUCCCGAACCACCUCAAACCCUAGAAAUCGACCACUUCGAUCGUCUCCCUGACUCAAUCCUCCUCCUCGUUUUCAACAAAAUCGGCGACGUCAAAGCUCUCGGACGAUGCUGCGUCGUCUCUAGAAGAUUCCAUUCUCUCGUUCCUCAAGUCGACAACGUCGUCGUUCGUGUCGAUUGCGUUAUCUCCGAUGAUGAUUCGUCGUCUCUUUUGUCUAUCAAAUCCCGCUCCGCUGCUUCUUCCGGAUCUUUCUCCGCUAUAUUUCGUCUUGUUUUCGGUGGCAUUGUGAAGCCGUUACAAGCUCUAGGUCAAUUCCUUGGUACGAAGAGACCGUCGUGCGGUGGUUCUGGAUCGUCUUCUUUGUCUAUUAGUGGUGGUGAUGAUGAAGGUGGAGAGAUCGAGCAAGGAGGUGUUACGCAUCAUUCUCCUACGCAGGUUUUGAAAAACUUUGAUGAGAUUCGUUACUUGCGUAUUGAGCUACCUAGUGGUGAAUUAGGGAUUGAUGAUGGAGUUUUGUUGAAAUGGAGAGCUGAAUUUGGUUCUACUCUUGAGAAUUGUGUGAUUCUCGGUGCUUCUUCUGUGAUUCAACCCAAUCCUAUGAGAAAUUCUCAAGCUUGUGAUACAACAAUCGUCGAAGCUUCUGCCUCUGACGAUAACGGGAGUAUACCGGAAUCGUUCUACACAAACGGAGGUUUGAAAUUGCGUGUUGUAUGGACUAUUAGCUCGUUGAUUGCUGCAUCAGCACGACAUUACUUGUUACAGCCGAUCAUCGCCGAACAUAAGACGCUUGAUAGUUUAGUUCUCACUGAUUCUGAUGGGCAAGGUGUGCUAUGUAUGAACAGAGAUCAGCUAGAAGAGCUUAGGGUGAAACCAUUAUCAGCUUCCUCUGCUUCCAAGAGGACACUUGUGCCUGCUCUGAAUAUGAGGCUUUGGUAUGCUCCAACUUUGGAGUUGCCUGAUGGAACUGUGUUAAAAGGUGCGACUUUAGUGGCGAUAAGACCGAGCGAGUCGAAAAAGGAAGUGUCUGAUAUCUCUUGGGUAUCUUCAGCUUUUGAAGAGCCUUAUGAGACGGCUGCUAAGAUGCUGGUCAAGAGAAGGACUUACUGCCUAGAAAUGAACUCGUUCUAGUUUGAAAGGUUUCAGUCGGAAUCUGAGGGAAUCCGAUGAUGCAAUUCAGAAAUGUUACAUAUAAUCUAAUCAUGGGGAAGCAGAGAAUGGAAUAAGAUCGAAGUUUUGAUGAAUCCAGGAACAAGUUUUGCUGCCUACUGCAUCUGCUAGCUAGUUUUUUUCUUUGAAGCAUAUGCUUUUGCAGGAUCUCGCAAUCAUAUAUAUAUAUAUAUAUAUAUAUAUAUAUCAACUAAAUUAUAGAUAUCAUGUACGAGUUUUCUUUUGUUUUUGUUUUAUGUCUGUGUUAGUUACUUAAAAGUCUUGUCCUUUGCUUGCUCUUCUCUAUUUAUGUGAAUAUUUGUAGGUAUUGCUUAUUCAACUGUCAUUAUUAUACAAAGUAAUCUAAGAUUGUAGUUUUGGAAUUCUUUUGUUCU